AUGGAAACACUGGAGUCUGAGCUAACCUGCCCAAUCUGCCUGGAGUUGUUUGAAGAUCCCCUGCUCUUACCGUGCGCCCACAGUCUUUGCUUCAACUGUGCCCACCGCAUCCUGGUGUCACACUGCUCAUCCAGCAAGCCGCUUGAGUCAGUUUCAGCCUUUCAGUGCCCCACCUGUCGUUACGUCAUCACGCUGAAUCACCGCGGGCUGGAGGGCCUUAAGCGCAAUGUGACGCUGCAGAACAUUAUAGACCGCUUUCAAAAGGCCUCCCUUAGUGGCCCCAAUUCGCCUACUGAAAGCCGGCGCCUGCAGCGGCCCUACACCGCCACCAUUAGUGUGCGCAUUUGCUGCCAGUUCUGUGAACAAGAUCCACCUCGUGAAGCCGUCAAAACGUGCGUCACAUGCGAAGUGUCGUAUUGUGACCGCUGUCUGCGAGCCACACAUCCCAACAAGAAGCCCUUCACCAGUCACCGCCUGGUAGAGCCUGUACCUGACACGCAUCUCCGGGGCCUGACUUGCCCGGAGCAUGAGAAUGAGAAGGUCAACAUGUACUGCCUUGUAGAUGACCAGCUCAUUUGCGCCCUUUGCAAACUGGUAGGGCGACACAGGGAGCACCAGGUGUCCUCACUCACCGAACGCUUUGACAAGCUCAAACAAACUUUGGAGAACAACUUGACCAACCUAGUGAAAAGGAACAGUGAGCUGGAGAACCAAAUGGCCAAACUCAUCCAGAUCUGUCAACAGGUUGAGGUGAACACCGCCAUGCACGAAGCCAAGCUAGUGGAGGAGUGUGAUGAGCUGGUGGAGAUCAUCCGCCAGAGGAAGCAGGUCAUUGCUGUGAAAAUCAAGGAGUCCAAGGUGAUGAAGUUGCGGAAGUUGGCACAGCAGAUUGCUAACUGUCGUCAGUGUCUGGAGCGCUCCAGUGCCCUCAUCACACAAGCUGAGCAAAGCCUGAAAGAAAACGACCACGCCCGCUUCCUUCAGACAGCCCGAAAUGUAGCCGAAAGAGUUGCCAUGGCGACAGCCUCCUCCCAGGUACUUAUACCUGAUGUCAAUUUGAAUGAGGCUUUCGACAACUUCGCCCUGGACUUUUCCAGAGAAAAGAAGAUUCUGGAAGGCCUUGAUUACCUAACAGCACCGAGCCCGCCAUCCAUCAGAGAUGAGCUGUGCACGGCAUCACACGACACCAUUACUGUUCACUGGACAUCAGAGGACGAGUUCAGCGUCACCUCAUAUGAGCUGCAGUACACCAUAUACACUGGCCAGACUAAUUUCAUCAGUUUGUACAACUCUGCUGACAGUUGGAUGAUUGUGCCUAACAUCAAGCAGAACCACUACACAGUGCACGGUCUGCAGAGUGGCACACGCUACGUGUUCUUCGUCAAGGCUAUCAACCAGGCAGGAAGCCGCAACAGUGAGCCGGCCCGCCUCAAAACAAACAGUCAACCCUUCAAAUUGGAUCCCAAAACUGCACACAAGAAGCUACGUCUAUCCAAUGACUGCCUCACCAUGGAGAAAGAUGAGAGCUCUCUGAAGAAGAGUCACACUCCCGAACGCUUCGGUGGAACUGGCUCGUACGGGGCCGCCGGUAACGUCUUUAUUGACAGCGGGUGUCACUACUGGGAGGUGCUGCUGGGAGCAUCCACGUGGUAUGCCAUUGGCGUAUCUUACAAAUCCGCCCCUAAAAAUGAAUGGAGUGGCAAAAACUCAUCGUCUUGGGUGUUCUCGCGCUGCAACAACAACUUUAUGGUGCGCCAUGAUGGCAAAGAUAUGCUGGUGGAGGCCAGCCUGCAGCUAAGGCGUCUGGGCGUCCUCCUGGACUACGACAACAAUUCGCUGUCUUUCUACGACGCCAUGAACUCCCAUCACAUUCAUACCUUCGAAAUUUCCUUCCUUCUGCCGGUCGUACCCACGUUCAUGAUCUGGAACAAAUCGGUCAUGAUCCUCUCAGGGCUUCCGGUGCCAGAUUUUGUGGAGGGCAUGGCUCUGGAUCACCAGGAGCAGCAGCAACAGCAGCAGAUGGGCCUGUGCCGACAAGAGUCCCCCUAUUUGACCGGGAUGAAGACCUGCCACUGA